AGGAGGUCCAACAGACAAAAGUUCAUACUUAAAACAAAGACCACAGCAAUUGGGAGUUAAGUUGUUUUCAGCCAUUAAGGAAGGAGAACUUCUGUGUUACUACUUCAUCACCACGGCAUAGGUAUUUGAUUUUUCAUGUGGAAAAGAAACAGACACUCUGGGGCAUAAUCAGUUCCACUGACAACUCUGGAUAGUGGUGAGAAGAAGCAGCAGGAAGCCAACAUACCAACAUACCACCACUAAAUAGAUAACGCUUUAGGAGGAAACCUCCAAAAACGCACGCUCUUUCAAUUUCACAGAUGGAAAAGUGACCCUGUUUCCAGAGUCAAGUUGAGAGUUGAAGAGAAAAGGACACAAUUAAAAAAGGACUCUGUUGAAGCUUACGGGGUGAAUGUGUGUCGAGGACUGACUGGACAGAAGUGGUCUUGAGAAUAAGUGUGAAAAACAAUCUGGAGAACGAACAGCAAGAGGUGUACCGGGCCCCACAGCACAAUUUCACUACGAGUAUGACUGGUACUCUAGAGAAGGGGGCCCACCACCAGGCCUUGGACCUGUCCGAGGAACUGCCGCCGCAUCACCACCAUCAUCUUAACAACCACCACCAGCAUCACCACCAUUCCAACUCACUAGCCUCCACCACCGCUGUGGGUGUAGUUGUACCUCCUCCUUAUUCUGCAGCCGAGAGCGGUGGCAACGAAGCUCCUCUGGAGCUGCGGGGGUCCCUGGACUGCUGGGCCUGCUCCGUGCUGGUGACGGCUCAGAACCUGAUUAUUGCCACGAUCAAUGGCUGCCUCGCUGGACUGGUGUUCGGGACCAUCCUGACACCGGCCAUCGUCAUGGUCGUGUUUGGCUUUCUAUGCCACUCUACAGUCCGCCCUCACGGGACGACCCCCUACUGCUCAGACCUGCUGACUGACGGAGGCUGCGUGGCUCUGCUGGUUGUGGGCUUCCUCUUGGUCACCCCUCUGCUGGUCCUGGCGCUGGCCGCAUACUGCCGCCUAGCCCGACACCUCCAGCUGGGCCUGUGCUUCAUCCCGUACAGCCGGGCCGUGUACAAGAACCUGCCAGCCACCCAACACCGAGGCCUGGGCACUGGCUGCUGUGGCGGCCGAAAUGGAGCCGACGGUAGUGGAAAGGGAAAGGUCUGGGUGUGAGGUGAAGGUGGAAGGAAGGCACAGAGGGGGGACGGGGGGGAGGAAGACCAUUAGAUGAAGAAUAUGAAGGGAACUGAACAAGAGAACAGGGUGGGGGUUGUAUGGGAUGAUUAAAAAGGCAAUGGAUGUAAGGAACAGAAAAACAACCAGAGACGGAAGGAAGUUGUAAAUGGCAAUCACUGUAACAACCAGCUGAACACCCUGGAAGACAAGCUACAUCAUUACAAAUACUGACCAAUGGCUUACAUCCAAUGUGAAAAUGACAUGGUGUACUAAGGUAUUUGUGGGUAUAAUUUCUAAUAAAUACAAAAAAUAAAUAAUAAUUACUAAGGGUAUUUGUUGGUAUUAUUCCACUUGACACAUUGGCUGUUACUGGAAUCUUGUAACUUUCCAGUUACAACAUGGUGUCUUGAGCAGAAUAAAAACACAAUGCAUUCACUAGAGAAGAUACAUCUAUGUACUAAUAUAUAUACACACACAUACACACAUCAGGUCAAAUGUGUAAUUGUAGAAAUAUGUUGACAGCAUGAUACCAAGAUCCUGAAUUAUUCAAGACAAUAAAUUACAGAGGGAGUGACUACGUAAAUCAGCAAUGAAUUAAAACAAUCAAAGGAUCCUAACAAAGUCUGACUGCUGAGGUUAAACAAAGGAGCAAGUUGGAUAUACAUCUGCAAUGGCAUCUAAUCAGACCUGCAUUCAAACUUAAGUUUCCUGAAUGACUCACAGGAAACAGUUAACUGAAAAUAGAACACCUCACAAAGGCUAUAUUGAUACUAAACAUCAUUAUAUCUCAUCACACUUAUGUUCUUCUUAUGAAAGAAACAUUUGUUUUAUGUAGUUUUUUUAAGUUGUUGCAAAUUCUUGUGUUAUUUCCUUUUUAUAAAUAAAG